AUCUGAUGUAAUCAAAGUCAUUGAAAUUUUUAUUUUUGCUAAAUGAAGAUGUUUUAAAAAAUGAGCCAACCAACUAAAGUUAACCAAGUAACUAAAGAUAUUAAAGUAAUCGAUUUAAUCGUUGAACAACGCGGGCAAUUUGACGAAGAUGAAAAAUUUGAAAAAGUCCGCGAGAAUAUACAGAAAUCGAAAGAACCCAACGAAAAAGAUGGUCAAGAUGUAAACGAAACAACCCAAGUUGCAACGAAAAGUAAUAACACAGAGGAGGCGACUACUUUAGGUUCUCCAAAUGAAGCAAUUUUCUUUAACGAUGAUAUUUAUGAAAUUGUAGCCGAUUUCAAAGCGAUUCCUCGCGAUGAAAUUUAUUGUAGAGUAUCAGAAGGUUGCGUUGAAGUUGGAGCUAUUCACAAAGAAACUCAAGGAGUUGGCCCAAAAGCGAGACAUUUAGAUUUACAAUUAACCAGGCUUUAUCAAACACCAAGAGCGAUUAAUAUAAACGAUUCAUUCUGUUAUUUAUCAGGGGACGGCAUUUUAUUUAUAACAGGAAGUUAUAAAGAACAAAUGAUGUCACAACAAAAAUAAAGUUGAUUUUGUUGGCUCAAAAUUAAAAAAAAAAUUGUUUACUUCUUCUUUCGCAAAAAUGGAAAAUUACGUAACAUUCUCGUACACAUCGAGAAUAAAAUUCCUUUUGUGACAAAACGAUGCAGAUUGCGAGAAUUAACAAUAACGAAAUUGGUGGAUCUCCAACAACUUUCACUUUUUCUCUUUUAA